AUGGCCAGGGAGCUUGAACAGCGAUAUGUGGACGUGCAGCAAGUCCUGCAUAAAGCAUCUGCCUUAGAUCCAAGGUUCAAGAAGCUGCCAUUCAUAAGUGAGGUGGAGAGAGGUGCAACCUUCCAGUGUCUCAUCCGUGAGGCUGCAGAGCUGUGGGACCAGAAAAGUGACACAGUGGCACAUGUUGAGAAUACACGUCUUCACUCAUCUGGUGACCAAACUUAUGCUGAUCAAUCUGAGUUGGUGCCUGUGUCUCAGGCUCAAGCCACUGGACAAGUGCAGAAAAUAUAUAUUUUGUCUUCCAAGAAGUCAAAGGCACUGGAAGAUCUCUUUGGUGACACCUUCUGCACUGUGGACCCUAGCCAGACAGUCAAGACCUCCAGAGAGCUAGCCCAUGCUGAAGUUGCUAAGUAUAAAGACACUGCAUCUUUGAUCCUGGGAGGUCCUCAGGCAGGUGUGCGGCAGCGUGACUGCCUGGUGUUUUCCCACACACCGGUAUCCAAUUCACUAAUCACCACGGCUGAUUUAUACCCGGUUCAUCCUUCCAGUAUUCGCCAGAUCGUCCGUUCACCCGUGUGGGGACCGCUGUUUGUGGAAGCUCUGCUCGUCCGCUUGUCUCUGAGUUUUUGGAUUCCGCUGCCUGUCUGCCUGCCUGCCUGCCUGCCGCUCUCUCUCACCACGCGCCAAGGACCUCUACCCUCAUUCUUGUUUAUUUAACAAGAAUGAGGGUAGAGGAUUUUUGCCCUAACCCCGUGUCUGGUUUUUGGAAUCCCCUUUACUCUGCACAACAGAGAGUCAUGCAACCUGCAAAACUGUUAAGCCACCCACACCCUGACCCUGUAUCUCAUCCUGUAAUCAAUGAAUUAGA